GGAAGCGCGGAGCAGGUUCAAAUAAAGACGGCGGGUGAGCAUGGCGUCACCUCUAGGGUCCGGGAGGUGAUCGCCUAGCGUUAUGCGUUGAAGAUGUGGCGGGUGAAAAAACUAAAUCUUAGCCUGUCGCCUUCGCCCCAACCGGGAAAACCAGCUAUGAGAACACCUCUCCGAGAACUUAUCCUGCAGCCUGGUGCCCUCACCAGCUCUGGAAAAGGGCCCCCUAUUGGGGGAUCCUCGCCAACCCCACCACUGUGCAAACUGGGGUUGCAGGAAGACAGCAACAACUUAUCUCCACUGGAUUUUGUCAAUGCUAAGAAGAUAGACUCCUCUUCAGAACAGUUCAGCCAUUCCUCAAAGUGGCUUGAAGCUUGUCAACAUGAAUCAGAUGAGCAGCCCCUAAAUCUGAUGCCCCAAACCAACUCUACUCCCAAAACAUCUGAGGAAGCUGUAGACCCACUGGAUGACAAUGUGGAUAAAACCAUGGUCCUUGUGCCGUCUCCAGGGGGGCAGCAGCAAGACAUUAUACUUGAGGCCCAUUUAGAUGCCGUGGCAGAGACAAACAGCUUCUCUCUAGAUGGGCCCUUGAGGCCAGGAGACCUGCUGAGAAAGGAGGUGGCACCCUGCAAGGAAGACAACUUUUCAGAAAUUGUUCCUGCUAUGAGUGAGAAACCUAUAUUUCAGGAUCCUCCAUCUCAUCUCUUAGAGUACCCACCAAAUCCCUGUUCUGAGCAACAGCUACACUGCUCCAAGGAAAGCCUGAAGGACAGUAGAACUGAGGCUGUACCUGAGGACGUAGUCCCUUCUGAAAGUAAUGCUUUCUUGCCUUCUGUGCUCUGGCUUUCCCCUUCAACUGCCUUAGCAACAGAUUUUCCUGUCAGUCUUGUGGACCCAGAGGAGGAAUUUGUAGAGCACAGAGCUGUAGAGGAGAGAGAAAUGAGCUUUCCCACACUCCCCGAGGAGGCUGAAUUGGGAGAUCAAGCACCUAUCUCAAAUAUGGAAGAUAUUCCAUCCACAUGCCUGACCCCAAAUCCAGGAGAAAUGGAAUCUCAGGCAGCUCCAGGGCCUGCCAUGGAAGAUGCUGGUAGGAUUCCCAUCUCUGAUACAGGGCCUUGGAUGUCCCCCCUGGCCUGGCUGGAAAAGGGUGUAAAUACCUCUGUCAUGCUGGAAAAUCUCCGCCAGAGCUUAUCGCUUCCCUCUGCGUUUCGGGAUGCUGCGAUUGGUACUACCCCUUUCUCUGCUUGCUCAGUGGGGACUUGGUUUACUCCCCCAACACAACAGGAAAAGAGUACAAACACAUCCCAGACAGGCUUGGUGGGCACCAAGGACAGUACUUCUGAGACAGAGCACCUCCUGUGGGGCCGUCCUCCGGAUCUGACUGCCCUGUCUCGACAUGACCUGGAAGAUAACCUGCUGAACUCUCUUAUCAUUCUGGAGAUUCUCUCCUGCCAGCUGCGGGACUGGAAGAGCCAGCUGACUAGCCCUUGCCCAGAAGUUCAGGACAGCAGCGCACAGACUGACACCCCUCCCAGUGGGGUGAGUAAGAAACCCCAGCAUCUUCAGGAGCGCCAGGAGAUUGGACAGGCUCUGCAACAGGCCAGGAGUGUCAUGCAGUCAUGUGUGCUGGUCUCUAAAGAGCUGAUAUCCUUGCUUCACCUAUCUCUGUUACACUUAGAUGAAGAUAGAACUACUCUGAGUCAGGAGUCUCUGCAUGCAGAAACCUUGGUCUCCUGCUGUUUUGAUGUGUUGAAGAAGUUGAGGGCAAGGCUCCAGAGUCUCCAAGCAGAAAGGGAGGAGGCAAAGUGCAGGGAGGAAAUGGCUCUCAGAGGCAAGGAUGCGGCAGAGACAGUGUUAGAGGCUUUCUGUGCACACGCCAGCCAGCGCAUCAGCCAUUUGGAACAGGACCUGGCAUCCAUGGGGGAAUUCAGAGGCCUUUUGAAGGAGACCCAGACCCAACUGGUGGGGCUUCAUACUGAGCAAGAAGAAUUGGCUCAGCAGACAGUGAGUCUUACUUCAGCCUUGCAACAGGACUGGGUGUCCAUGCAACUGGAUUAUGUAACAUGGACAGCUUUGCUGAGCCGGGUUCAACAACUCACAGAGAAAUUCACAGCCAAGAGCCGGCAGAUCCUGCAGGAACGUGAUGCUGCAAUUGAGGGAAAGCAGCAGGUUUCCAGAGAGCUAGAACAAGUCUCUUCACGUUUAAAAGACUGCAAAGGCCAAAUAGAACAACUAGAGUUGGAAAACAGUCGCCUGGCAACAGAUCUCCAGGCUCAGCUGCAGAUUCUGGCCAGCAUGGAGAAUCAGCUAAAAGACCUACAGAGUCAGCAUGCCCUUUGUACCCAGGACCUGGCCAUGAAGGAUGAGUUGCUCUGCCAGCUUACCCAGAGCAGUGAGGAGCGGGCUGCUCAAUGGCAAAAGGAAGAGAUGGCCCUAAAACACAUGCAGGCAGAGCUGCAGCAACAACAGGCUGUCCUGGCCAAGGAAGCGCAGGACCUGAAGGAGACCCUGGAGUUUGCAGAACAAGAGAAUCAGGUUGCUCACCUGGAGCUGGGCCAAGUUGAGUGUCAGUUGAAAAGCACUUUGGAAGUGCUUCGGGAGCGCAGCCUGCAGUGUGAGGACCUCAAGGACACUGUGGAGAACCUAAAGGCUAAACUGGCCAGCACCAUAGUAGAGAAGCAGCAGCAGGACCUGAAGAAGACACACCAGUAUUCCCAAGAGCUGGGGGUGCUGACUAAGCAACUGCAUAGUCUGAUUCUCUUCCUACAGACAAAACUAAAGGAGGAGGUUGAACCAGAGACCCUCCCGAUAAGCAUAGCCUGUACUCCUUCCCAGGAACACCCUCUGCUCACCGACAGUGCCUUCCUGGGCAGCAUCUUGACAGCAGUGGCAGAUGAAGAGCCAGAAUCAGCUCCUGCACCCUUGCUUGGAAGUGACAAGAGUGCUUUCACCAGAGUAGCAUCAACGGUUUCCCUUCAGCCUACAGAAACCCCAGGCAUUGAGAAGAGCCUGGAAGAAAUGAGUACUAAGACUCUGGAGCUCCGGAGCCUGUGUUCCCUGCUGCAAGAGUCCAGAGAAGAAGCUGUCAGGACUCUGCAGCGGAAGAUUUGUGAUCUGCAGGCUCGGCUGCAGGCCCAGGAAGAACAGCAUCAGGAAGCCCAGAAGGCAAAGGAGGCGGACAUAGAGAAGCUGAACCAGGCCUUGUGCUUGCGCUACAAGAAUGAAAAGGAGCUCCAGGAAGUGAUACAGCAGCAGAACGAGAAGAUCCUAGAGCAGAUAGACAAGAGUGGCGAGCUCAUAAGCCUUAGAGAAGAGGUGACCCAGCUCACCCGCUCACUUCGGCGUGCUGAGACAGAGACUAAGGUGCUUCAAGAGACACUGGCAGGCCAGCUGAACCCUGACUGUCAGCCCAUGGCGACUAACUGGAUCCAGGAGAAAGUGUGGCUCUCCCAGGAGGUGGACAAGCUGAGGGUAAUGUUCCUGGAGAUGAAAAAUGAGAAGGCAAAACUGAUGGUCAAGUUCCAGAGCCAUAGAAACAUCCUGGAAGAGAAUCUGCGGCGCUCUGACAAAGAGUUAAAGAAACUAGAUGACAUUGUUCAGCAUAUUUAUGAGACUCUGCUGUCCAUCCCAGAGGUCGUGAGGGGUUGCAAGGAGCUACAGGGAUUGCUGGAAUUUCUGAGCUAAGAAACUGAAGGCUGGAAUCUGUGUCACCGAUUUUACCUGCAGUACUCCUUUACCCCAACACCAGACCAAUUGGCAUAGAGCCAGCUAUGUUUAAUGCUAUUUAAAUAAAGUAUAUUUCAUGUA